GUAAUUGUGUAACCUACGACUCAAAGCAAAUGUGUAUGUAUGUGCACUAGUAGAGAAAAUAACAGAUAUUUAACUUAUAGUGAUGAGCCGUAUUACUUCUCUGUUGCGAAGAACAUUUGGAGUGGUAAAAGAGCAUGUCGGAACAGAUCAUUUAGGAAAUAAAUAUUACUACAUACCCGAGCAGAAGUCAUGGACGGGAAGGCUCUUGCGGCCUAGACGCCUAGUAGAAGCAGCCAAUCCAAAAGUGUUUGAGUACAUAGAAGGAAUCAUUCCUUCUGAAUGGGAUGCUUGGAUCAGAGGCAGGCGGAAACAGCCACCUACAACAGAGGAGUUGUUACAGAACGAACGUUACAGGGAGCAGAUCAAAAUCAGAGCUUCAGAGGCAGAAGAGAGAGAUAAAGCCCUGCAGGCCAAAGAGUAUGAGGAAGGUUUGGUGGCCCAACCUGUUCAGACUCAGGUCAAAGGUCAUGCCUCUGCCACACAGUUUGGACAGACUGAUUUCAGUGAGGACCCCGUAAGCACUGCCAACACAUUCCAGCCUGGGUCCUGGACACCUCCAGGAAGCAAAAAAUAGGCUUAUCUGAAACCUCCUUUGCUGUCUUCAAGUAAACUUGCAAUUUAAAUGAUUUAGUAGUUCUGCUGAUUUUCACUGCAUCUCAACACAUCUUAAAAAAAGUGACGUGACAUGUGUGUGAGUAUG